CGUCAUGUGUCAACUUACUCCCUCCCGUUGAACCCUGAAUUGCGUGCAAUCCCAUGGCAGUCAACGCAUCGACGAUUACGCAUCGACCGGAUAUGGAGAGAAGAUUACAUUCUCUCAACUAAGAUCAACAAAGUGCACACACUCAACAUAAAUAUAUUUUGACUCUUCAACAAGGGAGGGAGAAAAUCUACAGGGGAUUUUAUUCUCUCUUUCUCUCUCUCUCUUUCUCUAUCUCUAUCUAGAUUAUUGGGCGGAGAUCUCUUUCCUCCGCACCUUUCUCCGGUGGUGUGCCAUGGGCAAGUUGGCCAACGGAAAGGGUUUUUCAGCUAAUCCCAAUGACUAUAAGCUCCUUGAGGAGGUCGGUUACGGUGCCAGCGCCACGGUUUAUAGAGCGAUCUAUCUCCCACUCAAUGAACUUGUGGCCGUCAAAUGCUUGGAUCUAGAUCGAUGCAACAGCAAUCUGGAUGAUAUUCGUAGGGAAGCUCAAACAAUGAGCUUGAUAGAUCACCCCAAUGUUAUAAGGGCUUACUGUUCUUUUGUUGUUAACCAAAACUUGUGGGUUGUAAUGCCUUUCAUGGCCGAAGGCUCUUGCCUGCACCUCAUGAAGAUUGCUUAUCCAGAUGGUUUUGAGGAGUCCUCUAUUUGUUGUAUCCUCAAAGAAACUCUCAAGGCCUUGGAGUACCUGCAUCAACAAGGACACAUCCAUCGCGAUGUUAAGGCAGGAAAUAUACUACUUGAUAGUAAUGGGGAUAUAAAUCUUGGUGAUUUUGGGGUUUCUGCUUGCAUAUUUGACAAAUGUGAUAGACAAAGAUCAAGAAACACUUUUGUUGGAACUCCAUGCUGGAUGGCACCAGAAGUGUUGCAACCAGGAACUGGAUAUGACUUUAAAGCUGAUAUAUGGUCAUUUGGAAUUACAGCAUUGGAGUUAGCUCAUGGUCAUGCACCCUUUUCAAAGUAUCCUCCAAUGAAGGUUCUCCUGAUGACCAUACAGAAUGCUCCUCCAGGACUUGACUAUGACCGAGAUAAGAAAUUCUCUAAGUCUUUCAAAGAAAUGGUUGCCAUGUGCUUGGUGAAAGAUCAAACAAAGAGACCCACUGCAGGAAAGUUGUUAAAGCAUUCAUUUUUCAAGAAUGCUAAGCCUCCACAGAUUGCGGUGAAGAAGCUUUUUUCUAACUUGCCUCCACUUUGGAAUCGAGUGAAAGUACUUGAGCUGAAAGAUGCUGCUCAAUUAGCUCUGAAGAAAAUGCCUUCGUCCGAACAAGAAGCAUUAUCACAGAGUGAGUAUCAGCGAGGUGUUAGUGCCUGGAACUUCGACAUUGAAGAUUUGAAAAUUCAAGCAUCUCUGUUAGAAGAUUAUGACGAAAUCAAGGAAGAAGAGGAAUACAUGAAAUUUGGUGCUAAUAGUAAGGAUAGCAGUGUUGGAAAAUCAACUUCUACAAGUGAUAUUAUCUCCAGUGAACAGAUAAAUGGUGGUGAAUUAUCUCAAUCUGUCUCCUUUAAUGAUAAAGGAAAUGUUCCAAAGAGUGAUUUGCUUGAUUCCAGUUUUCAAGGGAAAACUAGUCCUGAACAAGUGGUAGUAUCAGGAACUCAGCUCCAACCAUCAACCUCAGAGAAAGAUAAUGUACAACAGAAAGCAAGAACAAUCCCAGGGAAGCAGCGUCAGACUCAGAGUGGCCCCCUAAUGCCCGGUGUUGUGCUAACUCACUCAGCAUCUGAAAAGAUCCGCCCCUUUGAGAGAUAUGAAAAUGAUAAUCAAUCAUUGAUUGAGAAAAACCAAAAUGACAUCCGAAGAACACCAAGCCUUAGUGGUCCUCUGAUGCUUCCAAACCGAGCAUCGUCUAACAGCUUAUCCGCUCCAAUAAAGUCAUCAGGAGGGUUCAGAGAUUCACUGGAAGACAAGUCAAAAACAAAUUUAGUGCAAAUAAAAGGGCGAUUCUCGGUCACAUCAGAGAAUGUAGACCUUGUAAAGGACAUUCCAUUGUCGGCAGUUCCUAGGCGUUCUCAAGGUUCACCAUUAAGGAAGUCUGCUAGUGUUGGAGAAAGGAUAUUUGAUGCCAAACAAAUGCCUAUAGGUCAAUCAUCAGCUAAAGAAGUUUUCAACACUAACAUAUCUGCAUCACUUCUCAUGCCACAACUUCAAAACCUUUUUCAGCAAACGUCUUUUCAACAGGAUUUGAUUGUGAAUAUUUUGAAUAACUUGCAAGGUGCUGCUGGUGAGGUAGAAGCUUCUCCAAAUGGAAAACUGCUUCCCCCGCUACCUAGGAUUUCAGAUAGCAACGGAAAUGUAACUACCAUUGCACAGGGGGUGGCAGAAUCAUCAUCAUCGGUAGCUUCUGAACGAGAACAGAUGUUGCUUGCGAAGAUUUCUGACCUUCAAACUAGGAUGAUCGAGUUGACUGCUGAAUUGACUGCAGAAAAACAGAAAUACAUGCAAUUACAAGAAGAAACGGAUAAAGUGAGGAGGGAGGCUGAUGCUUGAAUGUGAUGUUUGUGUAACAUGUGAAGUAGUUGUAUGUGCGUGUGAAUUUGAUUGGUGAAAAAAACAGAAAUUUCCUUUUAUAUGACGAUGGUGAAAAAGAAAUGGCGAGGAAAUAAUCAAAAUUGAUGAUUGUGUUCAUGCGCGUGACUGCGAGCAAGCGAUGAAAAGGAGAUGUCGUUGAUGUCUGUGGUAUAGUUUCAGUAUAAACUGAAUCGUAUCUCUGUCUAUACAAAUCCUUUUGUCAUUUAUACUGUGACCAUAAAAUAAUCCUCUUUUUCGACUUUGUUUGAACUUUUAAAUUUAAUUCAUCAGAUUUAUAGAGAGAAAACAUACUCUAAUAAUAAUAAUGGUCCAACUGUCUACCAUGUGAUUUUGCUGGCCAAUGGUAACAAUAAUGAUGCUCUCACAUGUUCCCCCAUCUAUCUAUCUUAUGACUUACUAUUAUCUUAUGACUUACUAAUAGUAUGUUUAAAUAAAUACUCUUAAAAUCAUUUAUUUUUA